AUGUCUUCCGCAACCCAGCAACUAACGCACAUCCGCAAAGUCGCCCUCAUCGGCGGCACCGGACAAGUCGGCUCCCACAUCCUCACCCACCUCCUUGGUACGGGCAAACACCAGGUCACAGCUCUAACCCGACAUACCAGCACCGCCACGCUCCCCACCAACCCCAACCUCACCGUCGUCAAGGUCGACUACGACGACGACACAGCCCUCACCUCCGCUCUUGAUGGCCACGAAUUCCUAAUCAUAACCCUCUCCGCCCGCGCCCCACUGAAUCUCCACUCCCACAUCGUGUCAUGCGCCGCCGCCGCUAAGAUCCCUUGGAUCAUGCCUAACUACUUUGGCUACGGCAUCGGCGACCGCGCACUCAGCGGCAAGGCUGACUUACCUGCCAACUUCGAGCGCUUCAUUGACGAUGUGAAGAGCACACCAGGACUGGAUUACACAGCUCUUGAGCGUGACGAUGUAUGGGGAUGGGAUGAAGAAGGUUAA